AUGUCUGUCAUGUUGCAAACACCAUCGCGGGCCUCAACGGCUUCUUCAUCAUCAUUCCAGCCCAUCUCUCGCCAAAACACAAUGUCCUCGUACGAUGGCACGCGGUCAGCCCGCCAAUCCAAACGCUACUCCAUGUCCGCCCUCUAUAUGUCCAUGUCAGCGAACGAGACGGAGCUUGAAAUAGAAGAUGAACUGGCAAAAGCUCAGAAGACACUGAGAGACUUGAAGUCCAAGAUCUCUUCGCAAUCGAAAAAGAACUUUGUUCUGGAGAAGGACGUUCGGUAUCUCGAUUCACGAAUCGCCUUGCUCAUUCAGAACCGCAUGGCUUUGGAAGAACAGAACGAAGUCGCCAGCCACCUCGAGGAUGCCACUGAUCUGCAGGAAGGUGCCUUCCCAAACGACGACAAGACUCAAAAAUAUGGGAAUCUGAUGUUCUUGCUUCAGUCGGAGCCCAGACACAUUGCGCACUUGUGUCGUUUGGUGUCCAUGGCCGAAAUUGACUCCCUGCUGCAGACUGUCAUGUUCACCAUCUACGGAAACCAGUAUGAAAGCCGCGAAGAGCACCUUUUGCUAACCAUGUUUCAAUCCGUCCUGACCUACCAAUUUGACACAACGCCCGAGUACUCGUCGCUUCUACGAGCCAACACACCAGUUUCGCGGAUGAUGACCACAUACACCCGACGAGGCCCUGGACAGAGCUUUCUUCGGUCGGUGCUCGCGGAUAGAAUCAAUAGUCUUAUCGAACUGAAGGACCUUGAUCUUGAAAUAAACCCCCUGAAAGUCUACGAGCGUAUGUGCGAACAAAUUGAGGAAGAUACUGGCAGCUUGCCUGCAUCGUUGCCUAGAGGGAUAACAGCGGAGCAGGCUGCCGAGAAUGCCCAGGUUCAGGCCAUUAUUGAGCCAAGACUAACAAUGCUCACUGAAAUAGCCAAUGGCUUUUUAACGACCAUCAUAGAUGGGCUGGAUGAAGCCCCAUAUGGUAUCCGCUGGAUUUGCAAACAGAUUCGAAGUCUGACCAAGAGAAAGUAUCCGGAUGCCAACGACCAGAUCAUUUGCACAUUGAUUGGAGGGUUCUUCUUCCUUCGGUUUAUCAACCCUGCCAUCGUCACACCCAAAUCGUAUAUGCUUAUCGAUGGGGUCCCAGCUGAGCGACCACGCAGGACCUUGACACUCAUUGCCAAAAUGCUGCAGAACCUUGCAAACAAGCCAUCGUACGCCAAGGAACCGUACAUGGCGAAAUUGCAACCCUUCAUUCAGCAGAACAAGGACCGUGUGAACAAGUUUAUGCUUGAACUUUGCGAAGUCCAGGACUUUUAUGAAAGCUUGGAGAUGGACAGCUACGUCGCCCUGUCCAAGAAGGAUUUGGAACUAUCUAUCACCUUGAACGAGAUCUACGCUAUGCAUGGUCUGAUCGAAAAGCACAGCAGGGAACUUUGUAAGGACGAGAACUCCCACUUGGCUCUCAUCAUGUCAGAGCUCCAGGUCGCGCCGCCUCAAGUACCUCGAAAAGAGAACAGGGCUAUCAACCUGCCUCUAUUCAGUCGAUGGGAGACCGCCAUUGACAAUCUGACUGCUGCUCUUGAUAUCACGCAAGAGGAAAUCUUCUUCAUGGAAGCCAAAUCAAUUUUUGUUCAGGUCAUGCGUUCUAUCCCAGCUGGCAGUUCCGUCGCUCGGAGGCCCUUACGCCUGGAACGAAUUGCCGAUGCUUCGGCAACCUCGAAGAACGAUGCUGUCAUGGUACGAAAGGGUAUCAGAGCUAUGGAGUUGCUCAGUCAGCUGCAGGAGAUGAGGGUCAUUGACAAAUCGGAUGGCUUCAGUCUCCUCCGAGAUGAAGUGGAACAGGAGUUGCAGCACCUCGGCUCAUUAAAAGAUGGUGUCAUCCUGGAGACAUCCAAGUUGGAGGAAGUCUACAAGACUAUCCGCGAUCACAACUCGUACCUCGUUGGUCAGCUCGAGACCUACAAGAGCUACCUGCACAACGUUAGGGGCCAAUCUGAAGGUACUCGUCGCAAACAGCAAAAGCAACAAGUGCUUGGCCCGUACAAGUUCACCCACCAGCAAUUGGAAAAAGAAGGUGUCAUACAAAAGAGUAAUGUUCCGGACAAUAGGAGAGCCAACAUCUACUUCAAUUUCACCAGUCCUUUACCAGGCACAUUUGUUAUUUCUCUACACUAUAAGGGCCGGAACCGUGGUCUGCUUGAACUAGAUCUGAAGCUUGACGAUCUGCUUGAAAUGCAAAAAGAUGGCCAAGACGAUCUGGAUCUCGAAUAUGUCCAAUUCAACGUGCCGAAAGUAUUGGCACUCUUGAACAAACGAUUCGCAAGGAAGAAGGGCUGGUAA